CUCUGUUUCCCUACCUCCUUCUCAUGCACAGAUCCAGAGCUUCUCUUCUCUCAGCUCGAGCAGCUCCUCCCACCUGCAGAUAAAAGCCAAACUCUCACCAGAGCUGCUGUUCAGCGUCUGUCCCAAACUCCUCAAAGCUUUGUGAUACUUCCACCCUGCAGCAGCAGCAGCACCACACACACAAAGGGCCCAGCUGGAUCGCGGCUAACCCCUGGCUGGAUCCUGUGCAUGGCCACCGUCCCACUCAUGUCUUGGAAAAGACACAGAAAGGCGACCUAACGCGAGGGGAAGUAGAAGAGAAACCGGACACAGGCCAGAGGGAGCAGCAACCUUCAGUUUGAGAGGAGGAAAAAUCUCAAGAAAAUGGAGACUGUACCCCUCCACUCUUUCUAUCUACUCAUAAUUUUCCAGCUGUGUUUAUUGCACCUGGCCCACGGUGGGGCAUAUUAUGGACAUAAACAGCCGCCUCAACACCACCAACCUCUGCCACAGUACAAUGAUGGGUAUCCUCAGCAGCAGUUUUUGGGGAAUGAGAUGCCACACCUGCCUUAUGGCAAAGAAGGGCCGUUAAUUCCUCAGUAUGGAAAAGAGCUUCCUCAGCUGCCUCUGCAAAUAGGCAAAGAGAGGCCACUGACGAAAGGCAAAGGACAAACAUUUCCCAGAGGGGCGAAAGGUCCACCUCCCCCUGGUCCUGGUGGAGAAGGUUUCAGAGAGGGACCACAAGGAGUUCAGGGCCCCCCGGGACCAACAGGACCACCAGGACCACAAGGCCCCCCUGGACUACCAGGCCAGGGAUUGCCAGGGCUACCAGGAAAACCGGGGCCGCCUGGUCCUCAAGGCUACCCAGGUAUCGGAAAACCGGGCAUGCCAGGAGUGCCGGGAAAACCCGGAGGACCUGGAUUACAAGGACCAAAAGGUGACCUUGGUCCUAAUGGUGGAGAAGGACCAACUGGACUUCCUGGGCCUGCAGGGCUCCCAGGUCCCCCUGGACUCCCGGGAUUUUCCAAACCAGGAGGUCAGGGGCUGCCCGGCCAACUGGGUCCUUUAGGGGAGCCUGGUCAAAAAGGCCCACCUGGGACCUGGCCUCCGGGCCCCCAAAGGGGAAAAAGAAAAAAAGGAAUGGUAAACCCGGGGUUUUGCCAGGUUUUUGAAAGGACCAAGGGACCCCCAGGAUACCUGGAAGGGGGUUUUUCCCGGGGGUGGCAAACCUGGCUUGAAUGGUUCCCGGAAACAGGAAUCCCAGGAAAAUUGGUCCCUGGUGAAUCGGACUUGGGGAAAACCUGGGAAAGGGGCCCAAACCAGGACCACCAGGUUUACCUGGAAUUGGAAAACCAGGAAAAGAUGGUUUCAGAGGGCAACCAGGGAUCUCUGGGGGGAAAGGGGAAUCAGGCCUUCCUGGUUUACCAGGGGGUCCAGGCUUGCCAGGUUAUGGUAAACCAGGGUUCCCAGGACCUAAGGGUCACAAGGGACAUGCUGGGCUUCCUGGACCUCCAGGCCUGAAAGGUGAUAAAGGUUAUGGAGGUCUUCCAGGUGUCAUUGGUUCUACUGGUCCUAGUGGUAUGCCUGGCCCACCAGGACCAAUAGGGCUCCCUGGUAGUCUUGGCUUUCCAGGGCAAAAGGGAGAGGUGGUGUUUGGGGCCCAAAAAGGAAAACAGGAAGAAGGGUGACUUUGGUCCCCCCCGGGUUUUUCCCGGAGGCGGGUCUGUCAGGUGGGGGUGGACAAAAAAAAGGAACAGAGGGGUUUUAAAGGCCCCAUG